AGUGGUCGGCCGCCGACGUAGUCGUUCUGUCAGUUAGAACUAUUUCAAACGGUUUCCAAAUUCAAAUGCUCAUUCUAUAUUUGCUCUUAUUAUCUGCUCAACACUAUACUAUUUUAAAAUUCAUAACGAAAUACUUUGUUUUUAGUUAACCGACCAAUUAAAGUUUGACAGUUUUAAUAUUUAUACCGAAGUUGUUAUUAUUUUUUUAUCUGCCGAGCAAGUAGCGUCUAGCUUUUCUUUUUAAUUUAUUCUCAAAGUGAUGUUGUAUGACUUUUAAGUGAUAAUUUAAAUAUGUGAGGAUUGACCGGUGCUGUAUCUGUUGUGAUCGGUGACUUUGGAGACAUCAUCAAAAUGAUUAAGCUACAGUUCUACCUCAUGCUGUGCGCUCUGGCGCAUGCAGCGUACUACAGUCGAAUGGCGACAGUAAACAGAAUCCGUGGACCGUCAGUCUUCAGGCCUGGGGUCAACAUGCAAGGGCUGCGGCAGCCGUACCCGCCAAGAUUUGUGCAAGCUGCCUCGCAUAGGGCGCCGUAUGUCGUUUAUAGGAAUUCACCACAUAGAUACGCCAUGAAGCACUACGGCCCAGCGACCCGCAACGCUUUCCCCCCGGGCUGGAAAACUACCGCCCGCUUGCCUCCAGCGUCCCCUGUCACACCAGAGUAUGACUUCAUCAGGGCCGCGUCAGCUCCGACCAGACUACAUGCCGACGGAACAGGUGCUAUCCAUACGAUACCAGCGCCCAAUCUGAGCCUGUCGGAGAAGCCUAUCGUUGUCAUUGAAGAGAUCGUCAGCUCGAAGCCACCAACCUCUGAAGCGCCACAAGCAACAUACGAAGUGACAGAGAAGUACGCUGAUCCAAUGUACCAAAUGACGCCCAAAAUAGAACUGCCUGUUGGAUUUUCAAAGGCAACCUCCCUAACGUCGCAAGAAAUACAGUCACUCAUCAGGAAUGGAGCAGCAUUACAAUUUGCUUCAGAGUAUGGACUCAAUGCUAUAGCGUUACCUCAUCAAAUUCAACCACAGCAUUUUACAGUACAGGGUUUCAGCAGUCUGCCAAACCAACACGAUUUAAUACACGCCGGAGCUGAAUCUAUAGUAAUCCAACCACAGGCACUUUACCAACCAGAUCCACUGUUUUUGCAGAAGCUACAAAACCAAUUGAUGCAAAAGUACCCAGCCAUAGAGUUUGUGCCUUAUCCCGCUGACAUUGCUCAGGCUCCUGUCAACUCACACCCUCAAACUCAAGGACAAUCACAAAUGUUUCUACUUCAAAAUGAAGAAAUAACGAAACAGACACCAACGGCUUUUGAACCACAGAAAAAUGUAGUGCAAAGAGAAGCGCAAGAAAGUUCUGUUGUGACAUUAGUACCACAAGGAUUUGUUUUAAAUAACGUAACUGAAAAUCUAGUAGAAGUUACUUCAGCGUCUGCACCUCAAAAUGUAACUUUAGAACUUCUUUCAGAAGAAACACAUCCAGGGACUACUACUGUAAAAUAUGUCAUUGAACAUAAAGAACAAGAUCAAAGUACAACACCAUUAUAUUACGCCCAAGUUGGACAAAGCGUUGGUAAUAUUGUUGCUAAUGGGUUUUAUUCAGCCAUUAAUGAUGUCAGAGCUGCAGCAGCUAUAGCGCAAGUGGAGAAGCCUACAGAACCAAAUACACGUGUUGAAAAUUUGACCACAACGACAAUAAACUCAGAUAUGAAGAAUUAUUUCGUACAAAAUUCGGAAAGUUCACAAAAUGUAACUGAAUUAAAACCGAUUUUAGGAGUUCCAUUUACGAAAAAAGCUGAUUCUGUUAACGUUGCUUAUACUUUAGUUAGAGCAGAUGAAAACGAUCCAAAAGUUAAUCAAGAAGGAGCUGUAUACGCCGGUCAAUUAGUUGAAGCUACAAUAAGCGAAGACCAUGAUUUUAAUAUAGAAAAGGAAAGUCUAAUGUCUCGACGAGCGCCAUUAAGACUUUUUACCGUCGAGAAGAAAGACACAACUACAACGACAACCACAACCACCACAAAUCCUCCUCCGAAAGUAACUGUAAUAAAAAAAAUACCUCCAAGAAGCAAACUGACGUUUGAUGAUAAAACUGGGGAACCAGUUUUGAGAAUUUACGCAAGUUAUAUCGACAGCCCCUUACAGAAGGAAUUACUGGCGUCAAAACUGGCGAACAUCAAGCUAAAAGAUGUGAUUGCGAAGAAAGACAGCGUUGACAACUGGAAGUCAGCUACAGUAAACGCUGUGGAGAAGAGUCAAGGUCCAGACGCGAACCAGGUGACUCAGUUUGGGAUCAAAUUGAGGUCGAGAAGUGACGACUACAUACCCCUCUUUGAGGAGUAUGAAGAAUAGAAUUAUAUAUAUACUCUGUUUAGGAAUUUUAAAAAAGGUAAAAAAUAAUAAUUUACCCUUUACAAAGAUAUUCUUUGCAUAUUACAAAAUGAUGUAUAUAUUUUUUAAUGUUCAAAUAUAUACAUUUUAAAGUGUAUAUCGCAACAAAAAACUUUUUCCCUUUUUUAAAUACCUAAAGGAAGUAUAGUGUUACCACAAAAUGAGGUAAAAAAGGUGGCUAUUUUUAAAUGCAAACAGAUAUAGAAUCUGAAACCAAUUUUUGUCGACAGUGCAUAUAGAGAGAUAAACUUUAUUUUUUAGGUUAAUUGUAAUUUUGUACAACCAAUAAAUAAAUACAAGAAAUCAAAGCAUUAAAAAUUCGAAAUCACAAAUUUAUAACAAUGUUUUAAUGUAAUUUCCAGCAAAUAACACAAUAAAAUUAAUUUCUAAUCUAAGAGUUAAGCGUCUUGUGGUAACACUUACAU